AGAAUAGUAAGGUUGUAUAGGAUAUGUCAGAUGCAGGUGUUUUGGCAGAGAGAAUACUUGAGAGUGCCUCUUUGGUGUUAAAUGGCUAUUGUUGUCUUGUGAAGGGAAUGAAAUCCACAAUAUACUAAAUAUGCAAUAGUAUGCUGUGCUGUUCAGGAGUAUGAUUUGCACGGGGAUGAUUGGGUUUUGGGGAGGCGGGGGGGAUUGGUGUCCAGGAGACCAGGAGUAUGAUUUGCAUAGGGCUAAUUGGGGUUUGGGGGGGCUGGGGCAUUGGUCUUGCACUGAGUCAUGCCCCAGGCCCCAGCGUGUAGUGGACAAGCACCCCCUCACUUGUGCACCAAAAUAGGGCACUGUUUUGGGUACUUUCGGGUGCUUGAUAUGCAAUCUAGAUAAACGUUUAAGGGAAUGUCGAACAUUUUUUUUUUUUUUUGGUGAGGUAAGAAAAAAAGAAAGAAUUAGGACCCCCUCCUCACGAGGGGCAAUCCUAAAGCAUCUGAGGUGAGGAAAUGUCGAACAAAUUGCGUGAAGGAAUUCUCCAUCAAUAAUGAAUACAGAGUAUCAUACUUUGCCCCCCCCCCCCCCCUUUCCCUCUUUUCUUGUUUUGUUUGCAUCGCAUAUAGACUCUGUUUAACAAGUGGCAGUUGGGCACCUUUAUAUCUUUGAGUUGUGUCCUUGUAUUUGUAUCACGUAGUAUACUCGUUAACACUUCCAUUGUUUUCCUCAGUUUCCUCACUCGCUUGGUUUGACAGAAUCUAGUCACGAAACUAAUCGAAAAGAUAGCUGGUUCGUUGAAUAAAUGCUGCCAAUCAGUCAAAGUCUAAAGUUGAUAAGCUAAACUAAUCUGGUAAAAUUAGAGGUUUAGCUUAUUAUAAUAGGUAGACACGUAGUACUUAAUGAUAGGAUGUACUCUACUAUUUUUACACCUUUUUCUUACAUGAUCAAGUAAUUUCUUUAGUUUCACGUGAAAUUUGAAUGUAUGGUGUAGGAGAGAGAAUUUUUCAUCUAAUGAUGUACAACUGAUACAACUAUUAGAGCAAGUCACACCUUUCAAUUCUAUGUGUUCUUCCUUGUUCUACUAAUGGAAUCUUCAAAGGUUUCUUCCUUUGUGGAAUUAUUUCAAAUUAUGCCCCCGAUUCAAGACCUAAGCUCCUUACUCUCAUUGCCUCGGUAUAAUUUUCUUUAUGCUAGCGUGAUUUAUAUACUUCAAACUAGGAAGUGAAAAACAUUUCUAUUUUCUUAAAAAAGUAUUUCACUUGGCCUAUAUACUCCCAUUAUUAUCUUCCAAUAUUCCAAUUAGAGAGGAAAAAACUAUCAAAAACAAAGAUAAUGUUGCCCCCAUUAAAAUUGGCACAAAUCAAUGAGCAAAGAUUUUAUGGUGUGACCGGGGUUAUGUGGUUAGGGCCUUAGAGGUUACUCGAUCAGUUAGGGAAUACUCGAUCGAUUAUGGGUUACUUGGUUGGUUAGGACUUACUCGAUUGGUUAGGGGUUAUCCAUCGAUCAGGGGUUACCUAGUCAGUGUUUUAAUGUGUAUCACCUUCUAAUACGAUGUAACUAGUCACACAAAAAAGUGUUAUAUAGUUCCAUUAUAUAAAAACCAUUUUUAUGAGAACACAUCUUAUAAGUUGUUACUAAGAAUAGCUAAUCAUCUUAUGUGUCUCUUUCUUUGUGGAUUCACCUCAUUUAGCAAUUUAAGACAAAACUAAACAUUAUUAAUUGGUGUUUAAAAAAGCAAGUUUUAUUAUGCUCCUAAAUCGGUUUUGAUACUCUUUACCACUUUACCAGAAUCCGUGUACGCGCAGAAUUUCAGAACAUAUCGACAGACGGCAAUAACGAAACUCAGACGCAGAUAUAUAAAUACUCCAAUCCAUUUUUUAAAUCAAUUUCUUUGGAAUUUUGGAUCAUCUUCUCUAAUUAUUCCCAGAAAAACCAAACCAAAUCAAACCCCAUUUUAAUGGGAUUCCCCCGCCGUAGUUUGGUAGUAGGCAACUACUGUCAUGAUGUCCUCCUCAAAGACGACGUCGUAAUUGCAGAAUCCUUAGGUGGUGCUGCUUCCUUCAUCUCUAACAUUUUCUCUCUCCUCUCAAUUCCUUGUGAUUGUAUUUCAAUUGUUGGUUCUGAUUUUAGUUACAAUCACUCUGUUUUCUGCUCUCCAAUUGUUUCUAAUACUUCAAAAACCACCGUUUUUCAUGCCCAUUUCUACUCUAAUUUCCCUGAAAAUGAUGGGCAACCCGUUUCAGAUCGGACCCUUAAACGGGUCAUUGCAUGUGACCCGAUUCGACCCACUGAGUUGCCCAACUCUAAUUUGGGGAAAAGGUUUGAUUUUGGGAUGGCUGUUGGUGUGGGAGGGGAGAUUUUACCUGAAACUUUGGAGGGUUUGGUUGAGAUUUGUGAUGUUGUGUUUGUUGAUGUUCAAGGGUUAAUUAGAGAAUUUGAUGAAAUUGAUGGUACUGUUAGAUUGAUUAAUUUGAAUGAGACUAAAUUUUACCCUUUAUUAUCUAAAAUUGGGGUUUUAAAGGCUUCUGCUGAAGAAGCUGAGUUUAUGGAUGUUGAGGAGGUCAGGAAGAUGUGUUGUGUGGUUGUGAGUUAUGGUGAGAAGGGUUGUAAAGUGUUCUGGAAAGAUGGGGAGGUUGAGAUUUUGCCGUUUUCGACGAUUCAGAUUGAUCCUACUGGUGCUGGGGAUAGUUUGUUAGGUGGGUUUGUUGCUGGGCUUUCUCUUGGUUUAGCUGUUCCUGAUGCUGCUUUGUUAGGCAACUUUUUUGGGUCUUUGACUGUUUCUCAAAUUGGGUUGCCUAAGUUUGAUUCCAAGUUGUUGCAGAGAGUCAAAGAUGAGGUUCAAAGAAGAUCAUUGCAGUGUGCUCAACACCGAGCUGGUGAUGUAAAUGAGCUUUGGUUUUCAAAACCACUUGGUCACGAGCAGUUCCACGAGUCCCUUAAUGCUAUCAGACACACAUUUUCUUUGCCUGUACAAGAAUGUAGAAGGGAUCUACCAGAUAUGCAAAAUCUUAAGACUACAUCUGUAAAUCACAGUGUAAAGCAUCAGUGUAAUGGGCAAAGUCUCCUGCAUGAUCCUGUAUAUGAUGAAGCAGCUGAACCCCUCAAAGGUACACAAUGAUAGACACCAAAGCAUAUGCUCUCUUUUCCUCUUUUAGGUAAUUUGCUGGUCAUCUUUUUGUAAUGCAGCAAUCCUGUUUAGAAUAAUUUGGGGCACUAGAUCAUACUCUCUGAAAGUCUGAAAUAGGUCACUUUAGUUCAUAAUUAGAAAAUUUUGUAAUUGAAACGGAAUCCCGUUUCUUUGUUGUAAUUUGUAAAUGCCUAAUCUCAAUGAGGUGUUAUGAUGCCUUGCCACUGAUGCA